GAGUACACCACUUGAGCUUGAGUAGCAGCAGUUGCACCAGCUAGCUACCUAGCUACGGGUACAGCAGCUCAGUCGCGAUGGCUCACAUCCUGGGCAUCCACUCACUUGUCCUCCUCCUCCUCCUGGCCUCUUCGUCGGCGUCUAAUGACAUCGUGCUUGGCCGGAAGGCCGGCGCGGCUGUGGAGGCACGGCCAGCACCGGGGAAGUACGCGGUGAUCAUGGAUGCCGGCAGCACUGGCACCCGCGUCCACGUCUUCAGGUUCGACAAGAGGAUGGAGCUCGUCGACGUUGGCGACGACAUUGAGGUCUUCGCCACGGUGAAUCCGGGACUGAGCUCGUACGCCGGACGGCCACAGGACGCUGCCAACUCCAUCAUGCCUCUGCUUGAGAAGGCCAACACCGCUGUGCCUCGGUCACUCAUGAGGAGAACACCCAUUAAACUUGGGGCGACCGCUGGACUCAGACUCAUAGGAGACGAGCACGCGGAGCAAAUUCUUGAAGCGGUCAGGAGUGUUGUCCACACCAAGAGCAAGUUUCAGUAUAAUCCUAGUUGGAUCAAUGUGCUCGAGGGAUCUCAGGAAGGAUCUUACUUAUGGGUUGCUCUAAACUAUCUGUUGGACAAAUUGGGAGGAGAGUACGCCAAUACAGUAGGUGUGAUUGACCUUGGAGGCGGGUCCGUGCAAAUGGCUUAUGCCAUUUCUGCAGAUGCUGCUGCUGCCGCUCCUGUGGUUAAGGAUCCGUAUGUUACCAAAGAGUAUCUCAAAGGAAGAGAUUACAAUGUCUAUGCUCACAGCUACUUGCACUACGGCGCAAUGGCUGCUCGAGGAGAGAUUUUGAAGGCAAAGAAUGGACCAUUCAGCUACUGCAUGCUGCGUGGAUUCAUUGGUAAAUACACCUACAACGGAGAUAAGUACGACGCCAUUGCAUCGCCAACAGGAGCAGCAUAUGACAAGUGCAAAGAUGAUGUGACCAAGGCACUAAAGUUGAGUGCACCCUGUGAAGCGAAGAACUGCACCUUCAAUGGCGUGUGGAACGGCAGCGGCGGUGCUGGCCAGGCUGACCUCUAUGCCGCCUCCAGUUUCUACUACAUGGCAUCAAGGGUUGGAUUAAUCGACGGUGAGGCUACCAGUGGGAAGACCACCCCUGCAGCAUACAGGGCCGCUGCCGAGAAGAUUUGCACGCUGAGCCUGGAGGAAGCAAAGGUGGCCUACCCAAAGGCCCGAGCCACCGACGUGCCCUACCUUUGCAUGGACCUCGUCUACCAGUACUCCUUGCUUGUGGAUGGGUUCGGUUUGGAGCCAACCAAGGAGAUCACAGUGGUGGAGAAGGUGAAGCACGGAGAAUACUUCAUCGAAGCCAAGUGGCCCCUUGGAGAAGCUAUAGAGGCUGUGUCACCCACCAAGCGGCUCCAUGACGCAUGAUUAUAUUGCUAGUACCUCGCAAUAAGGUGCCCAUGCCCACACAAUAAGAUGAAUGCAUGGACGCCAUCCCCAAUUCUAGUUUAUUUUUACUUAUUCUUUUCCUUUGAGACAUAUUGAGUAAACGGGAUAGACAUUCACACAGUACACUCAUAUAAUGUUUACCCAAAACUAGAGUCAUGAUGAUUGAUGAAGUCACCAUAAACAUCUCGUUGUCAAUAGAAAUGCUGCCUACACUGGAAAAAUGACCAGCUAUAUAGGACAUACAUGUGGUCUUAGAUAGGGAUUUGGCCUAGUGGACCGGUACCACAACCACUCUCCUAAUUCCUAGCCAACCAGCCAAUGGUUGCUUAUCGUUUUAUAUCAUCCAUGGAUCAACACUGUUUUAUGUGAUAAUAUC